UACUUAUAUUAAAAUCAAUUAAAAUGAACAUCUGUGCUAUCCGUCACAUUCCAUACUCAAAUAAACACAACAAAAGAUAAAUUCUAGUUGAUUAAAAUAGAGCCAAGAGUUCUCAGGGAUCAAGAUUGAACUCAGCAACUCACUAUAGAUGUUCAACUCAACAGAGCAAUAAUCUAACACCAAAUCAAGGCAAAAUGCAAUUAUAUGAAGUAUGAUGAGAUAUCUUUUGAAUCUUAGAUUCAACCCAAUGUUGGCCAAUUCAUCAAGGUACUAAUUAUCUCAACUCAAUUUAGAAUUAGUAAUAAUAGUUCACCUCCACUUAAUUAACAAAGAGUCCAUCAUUUCGCGUGAAAAAUUAUCAUCCAUAAGAAAUAAUGAAAACUUAAUCAGAAUAAUCAAGUUAAAACUAAUUGCAAUCCAAGUAAACAUUGAAUAAAUUGAAGCAUUGAAAAGAUUGAAAGAAUGAAUCGAAUUAAUUUUCUAGGGGAUUUGUUACAACAAAUGGAUGGAAAAAUUUAGCAUGUUAGAUAAUCUAUUGCUACAGAUUUGGCAACUGUACCUAAAAAUAAAAUUGCCAUUUUCAAUAUAAAGAAUGAACAAGAAUAAAAUAUUGAAGAAUUACAUUUUUAUUUAGUUGAAUCCUAAUAAAGAACCAAAUAACAUGCCUUUGUCAUAGAAUAAUAGAAGUAUCUUAGUUGA